GGACGUUAACCGACCUUACGUCACGAGCGUGCGUUCACUUAUUAAUAAUUUAAAUUUCAGUUGACCGUUUGUCUCCUGGUUGCCGGGGGAGACGGCGCGAGUCGCUGUUGCUAUGGCAGAACUUGCUGAGGAGAAGCUGCACGCGCCGCCGAACCGACCGUUCUAGAACUCGGUGAGUAAUUAUGACACAUAAAGAAACUUUAGAACGAGACGAAAACUCGACGUCAUUUUUAAAGAUGUGACUCCGUGACGAGAAGCUUCGUGUUUUUUUUUAAUAACUGCCGCUCUUUAUAUUCACCCUGUCACCCCGGGUUGUUCAGCCUGUUUUACGAGGGUUUCAACUUUAAAGAGGAGAGGUCUGUUUUCUGUGCGUUUACUUCAAAGGACCCCUCGUAUGUCGGUGAAGUGGGUAUUUUCGAGUGAUUUUUAAAAGUUGAACCCACUAAAGCCUGAGUUUUAGUUCUAAAUUUAGUCCAUAAUUAAUGUGAUAAAAGCUGUCACUACUCAAACUAACUUCUGUCAGACCUUUAAAAAUGUUGGCGAUAAGGUGCUGGAGACCAGUUCAUGAGUAAUUCUUUGUAGGGAAGACUGGGGUAAGUUGAUCCACCCCCUGUUGGUUGGAAAUGGUAAAAGAAAAUUAGUUUUAUACAUCAGUUGUGGUAUCUAUGAGCUCCAACAUGAGGUCAAAAACCUAACAGUCCACCAUUUUAUCCUGGAGGACUAACAAAGUCAUCGUAGUAGUUCAGGGGGAACAGAGAAAGUAAAGGAGUCUGAGGAGAGGAUCAGGGUUUACCUUCAGACUGUUGAAAUGUUUGACUUUUUCUUUUCUAAAAUACAGAUCAGUGAAUGUUCUCAAUCACUUAAAGACAUUCUCAUUUUAAAAUGACUUUUUACAAAACAGCUUUUUAACAGUUAUAUGUAAUAAUAAUAAUAAUAAUAAAUGUACCCAUUAAAUAGUGUAUAAUAGAUAAAAAUACACAUGAAUGUGAAAACUAUGAUUGCUUUGAUGUAGUGAUCUGAAAUAUGAAAAAAUGGCUCAUCUUACCCCACUCUCCCCUACGCUGUAGCAUUUUCCAUAAACUUCACUAAUUUAAACUUAACUAUGAAGAGCUAGUUUAAUAUGUGGUUAUUUUAAAUGAUUUUGAAUUAUUUUUAGCUCUAAGUCGCAGUUACAAUUUAAAAAAAAGGUCAACUAAUAAAGAGUUCUUCAGUGGCUGAUUAUGACAGAGGUCAGCCUAUGGCCGAUAUAUAAUGCCGAUAUCACAGUUUUUUUGUUUCUGCAAGUGUCACCAAAAUAUAUCACACACACACACGUAUAUUGACCUGAAAAAGGCCAUGAUGAGGAUCUUUGCAGGUUUCUUCCACAAAAGGAUGUCUGCACUGUCUGCAAAGCCUGGCCUACACCACAGUGUGUCAGAGUGGUGCAACAACAACCAGCAGCUGUCUGCCACAGCACAACAUGAGCGACAUGUUUCUAAUGUGAUCCGGCAGGAGGGGAGGUCUCUACGCAACGAGACCAACUGUGAGGUGGGUUCUUGUUUAAGAGGAAAGCUGCCAGAGAGACGAAACAGUUGGUGUCGCACUUUACAGAUGGAUGUUUUGGAUGCAUUCCCAUAAUUGUUCACAUUUGAUCAGCUUUACUUUAGGCACUUUCUCACAUUUUUUUCUCUACAGACAACUUGGGAUGAAAAUGAGACCUCUCGCAGGUUGAGCGACCGAGCCUGGGAUGUUGCCCGAUGGAAAGAUGUUUUAGAAAACUGUGCACAGAAAGUGGACGAAGAGAUGGAGGCUCUAACGCUGGUGAUUUGCCCUCUGAUGGUUACAAAAAUUAUGUUGCGAUUGUUAGAGAGAUGUUAUUUUUUUAAGAUCAGAUUCAUACACUCCUCAAAAGCUGUUUGACAUCAGCGUCUCUCUGUUUUUGGUUAGUCUAAAGAGCAAACAGAGCAGGCGUUGGCCGCCACUGCUGUCCCCCAAGAGGUCACCGGUGAAUGUUUGACACUGAGGGACGGGCGUCGAGGGUAUGAGCUCGUCAUCGACCCUGUAGACGAACAGCUGAAAAAGGAAGCACAGCUGAUCGAAAGUGUGCAGCGAGCUCUGCAGCAGCAUAUAGACAAAGCCUUUGAGCAGCUGUGGUGAGAGAUGUUGUUGUCCGAAGCCUGAACGGUUAGAGGAAGCAUUUCUGUUUUUGUUCUUUAUCUUUCUUUGUGUCUGAUUCAGUGUUUUGCAGGAGGUUCGGCAUCAGCUGACCGCGGAUCUGCAGAACAAGAUGGACGCCCUGGACAUUGACAUGACCUGCCUGUCACUCACAAUAAAGUCACCUCAAAUCUCCCUGAAACCCAACCCAACUCGCAUACCAUCAGGGUAAUCCUAAAAUGGGAGUGUGUGUAAAAUAACAGAAAUAAAACUGAUAUUUUUGUUUUCAUUUUAUGUCUGUGUCAGAUAUUUUGUAAAAUAAUGAAAUGUCUUCAUCAUUAUUACAGUUCCUCGACCCCCAAGGAGUGGGUCCAGUUCAGCCAGUUCAAUGUUGCUCGUGCACAGGAGGCCAUGCAGAUCUCCCAGCAGAUGAGGGAGGAUAUGAGUCUCACCAGAGCUCAGGUGAAUAAAACAGUGAGAUACUGCUGCAUUUUUAUUCUUUCACUUUACACCAUCUACCUGAAAAUACCCGAUUCCUGACAUGUAAAACAUUUUUAAAAAAUCUGAAUGAAUUGUUUCUGUUUUUUUAGCUGCAGAAUGAGAUGGACACUCAGCGCAGGGUCACAGAGUUUGCACUCCGAAAGCGUAAUCACCAUGAAGAGCAGGCCCGCGAUGAGCUGGAGUGGCAAAUCAAAAAUGUGAGAUAUCUCACAGUCAAUAAUUUUGGAUUUAGGUUACAGUUCGCCCAGUUUAAAGUAAAACACAGAAAUUAGGUGAAGUGGUCAAUGUUCUGUUUUUAUAUAUAAUCAUGUAGACUGAGGAUGAAAUGGCAGAAAUGGAGACUGACAUCCACGGGCUGGAUGCAGAUCUGCAGGCGAAGACGGCCUCCCUUAAACUGGCUCACACACGACUGGAGAACAGGACCAACAGACCUGGCAUGGACCUGUGCAGGGAUGAGGUCUGAGUAAAACACAUACUGUAGUAUCUGAAAGCAGUAACACUGCUUAACAUUAGUUUAAUUUCAUUUGCUUUCUUGGUUCAUUUUUGUCUUCCUGUUUUCAGGUGCAGUAUGGUCUUGUUAAAGAGGUCCACCAGCUAGAGGCGACCAUCAUGGCUCUAAAACAGAAGCUGUCUGAAGCUCAGUGAGUCUGAGUUUUAGACAUCUAUACUGACCAGUUCUCCCAGUCAGCUUUCCUCACUGUAGUUUUCCAUCCAAUGAGAAAGACGAUGAUUCAGAGAAGAGAGAACAAAAGAUUCAAAGAAAUAAAUAUGUGUUUUUAAGAGGUCAUUUUUAGUCAUUUUUCUUCUUCCACAGGAACUCCCUGCAGAAGAUGAAGCUCCAUCACAGCCGCAUGCUGCAAGAUCUUUCCAGAAAACAGGAAGCUCUGUCUCUGGAACAGCGAAGCAUGAACACACGUACCCGCCUCAUGUCUGCCUCAUGCACUGAUAAAGUGCUGCUGGUUCCUCUGACAAACUCCAGUGGGAGGAGCAACCUGCAGCUGCUGGCUCAGUAAGGCCAGGAUAUGCUGCUCUACAGCUCAACCAACAUACAAAGAAACUUUAUUUAUUUCUACUUUGAAUGUAAAUCAAACUUUCAGAAACUAGCAAUGAAAUUUAUCAUCUUCAUUCAAAAAAAGAACAUGUAUUAAUCUGAAGAGGAGCGGAAUCAUCGUGCAGAAAGACUAUGACCUAUCUAGACGUCUUUGUUGUGUGCUGUGUGAGGCGUUUCAAACAUCUGUUUUAUUGUCAAAUCAAAGACUCUGUGAGGAGUUUUUCACUAAAUCUGAAAUAGUCUCAUUUAUAAACUGAAGCCUCUUCAUUACCUACUUAAUAAAAUGAGGUUAUUUCUUUACACUGAGUUUAAGUAUCUGAUUCAGUGUGGGGUUUUCUCUGGCGCGUUGGAUCAAUAAUUGGCACUCAGUUUUUUUUCUUUUUACUUCAUGUUUUGCGCUCAUGGCUUUCACCUCAUUAUAAGCAGCUCAGGUCAGACCAGGAAGCUGCAGCUACAGUUAAGCUCCUUAUAAACCAGGCCGAUGUAAAUGUAGUACAUGAAAUGACGAAAUAUUCAGAGGUGAAUUUUGACGCGCCUGACUGAACACAUCAGGCCCGAUUUGAUUUUGCAACUUUUUUGGGGGGAAAAAGUCCCGCCGCCUUUGCCUCUGAUUGACUGAGAAGCUGAAAACGUCAUCACACGCUCAAGCCAAACGGUCAGCACUUGCAGCCAAUCAGAGGUGAAGGAGGGCGGGACCUUCCCUUACUAUCCUACAGCGUCCCAGGUGGAAGCGAGAAUCACUUGUCGGCAGAAUCAACAUGAAAACUCCUGACAGUGCCUUUAAGUUUAGCAAAAAGCAUCAAAGUUUAUGUUGAAAUGUGGACUUUCUCUGUUUCCUCCACACCUUUAAAACUGAUUUUUUUUCUUCAGAGCUGUAUCUAUGGAGGGGUUAAAGUUGGUCUCUUCUUUUCGAGCUGAAAUGAACGUGUUGAAGAGCCCUUCUUCAUGACUGACAGUGAGCUUUAAUGGUUUUGUUUGGCUGCUCUUUAGUGUUUGAUUUACUGAUGUGAUUGGAGCAUGGAAACAUGAUAAGGACGUGAACUUUGACUCUUACAGUGUAUACAGUGAGUAUAAAUAAAUGUGGUGAAUAAGCAUUAAACACCGUCUCUCACAGCUGACUCACUUCUCUCUCUCUUGCCUCGGUCUCUCUAUUCUAAUGUGCGUUUGUGUUGGUUUUUGUCUUUUCAUCCAAAGAAAGAUUUGUUUUCGGUCUCUUAGAGAUUUUAACGUCUGCUCUCAGAUUAUACAAUUUACAGUCUGCAUGGGAAAAAAAACCUUAUCAGUUUUCUGCCUCCCAUAAUAAAUCAGAGUUUAGUACAAUGGUGAGCUUGUCUGUAGAUAAAUGUAUCUGCAGGCUGACCUGAUCUGCAGGGAACUGACUGAAAGACUCCAAACAGGAACACUAGAUAAGAAUCAGUUCAUGGAAAAUAAAAAAGAAAGAGUCUGUUGUUCUGACAGUUUUGGAGGUUGAUGUGUUGGAGCACCGGGUGAAUUUAAAUUAAAGAGACUAGAUUUGUCAUACGGGGCAGGGUUAAACAAAGGAAAAGGGCCCGAACAUGCAGAACUGAGGAUUUACUAAAGCAAAAAGGAAAAUGUUCAAACAAAUCAAAAAGUCCAAGAAACACAAGAAGCAAAAUCCAAAGACUCAAACAAAGACCUGCAGACAUACAGUGAACCAACCAGGACAGAGGAGAAGACAGGGACUAAAUACACACUGGGAAACAAGCAACAGGUGAGGCAGGCGAGACACAGGUGAGACUCAUGAGUGAUUAACAAAGGAGGGGAAACUGGGGAGGUAAAACCAGACUAGAGACACAAGGAACCAACUCCUACAAAAUAAAACAGGAAAUAAACACUGAAAACUGAUCUAAAGAAUAAAACACAGAGAACAGGAGGGAAACAGGGUCAGAGACAAAACUGAGAACUCAAAAGACAAGAUCACAGGAACAAAAGACAACUGGAACAUUAGGAAGUGUGAAAUCAGUGCAGCUUCAGUUGACUGUAGGGAAGGUUCAGGACAUGACAGGAAUAUGAUCGAUACUGUUCUUGUCCACUUCAGGAUAGAUCAGUAAGGACUUCCAUUUAUCCCUAGUUUAAAAUCGAUGUCUACUGUUUAACAGAGACCUAGCAGAAAAACAGAUCUGGUACUACUUCAGGAGAUGUCACGCACCAACACAAGAUAGAAAAAGCUGACAUGCCUGUCUUCCUGCUGAAGCAUUGGUGUUCCUAGAGGCGCAGUUUUUAAUCACAUGAGAAAACCCAUCCUGAUCAAUACACAAUAGGUCGGCCUCAAUUGGACAAAUGAACAGAAUAAAUAUGUAAUCACCGUUCUGCCCACUCACUUUAACAUAUCAGGAGUAUAAUAACACACAUUUGUUUUGAGUAAUGGAUCAAUUGAGUGGACAAACAGAGAGCAGUGAUAUCCCGCCUGCCUCAGCUCUAUUCCUGGAAAACCGUCUCCCAGUAAGUGUUUUUCUGCUCUAACAAAAUGCCUCUGCAACAAGUCACAGUGAUUUUCUGCUCCAUUUUCUCCACCAAAAGCCUUUUCACGGCGCACCCACUCCUCUCUCACGGCAGCUACCACAGGUACACACAAAACAACUCAUCCCCGACCAUAAAACUGCCUCCACGCCACAAACAAGUCACCGUUCCCCAAGGCCGAGCCCAUCCCGUCCU